GAUGAGAUGAAAACAUUUACGCCUGCAAUGUAUAUUGUUGGACUUUAAUUAGUAAUCACUAUUCAUAGAAAAUGAGUGUCAGAUUAUAAUGCUUCUAGUUUUAAUGCAACAUUAUCUUGGCACGCGCCUGGCAUAUCAGUUCAGUAAAAGCAGACAUCGUAUUGUGUGUUUUUUCGUUCGUACCUUCUGUGCAGUUCCAGAGUAGGUUUAAAGCAGAUUGCUUAGGGUGUAAAUAAACUUUAGCAACAAGCGAAGAAAUUGGAAAACUUAUGAUGCAUCAACAACUGACGACUCGCCAAGAUUUUCCUUAUCAAAUAUUUUCUAUUUUUGAUAGAUAAGUUUAAGAGACAUAUCUUUGGUGCGUUUGAUUGGGAGUAGUGAAGGAUACGGCGCUGGUGUCUGAGAUCCAUUCAUUGGGUCGGUGCCAUCCCCGGCUGGUUAACUCGAUCCGUCUCUAGAGAUCAAAACUCAGCCCGGUUCCACAUGUAGAUCGGAAAAUGCAUUGGAAGAAUCGAGAGAUGUAGUGCCUUGGACUUUAUAUAUACAUAUAUUUUUUGCCUUUUAUCCGUUGGACCAAUUUUCACCAUGUCUUACAGACGUUAUUCCAGAGACUUAGGUAGUUCGCCGUCGUAUGACCGGGGAUAUGGCAGUGUGUCUAGUGGAAGAAGUCAUGGAUCAUCUUACGAUAACAUGGGAACAAGUAAAGGAUAUGGUUCACCUAGUAAAUUCGGAACAGGGAGUAGCAACUAUCUAAGUCCAUCAUACGGGUCUUCAUCCAAAAAUUACUCUUCACCCAGUUACCAGCCAUCCAAUCGUUAUUCAUAUAGUGGAUCUAGUCCAUACAACAGCAGCAGCAACAGAUAUUCAUCAUACGGCGGAGGAGGCGGUCUAUACAGCAGCCCCGUCCAGGAGCGGAUCCAACGGUUCUCAACUGGAGAAAACCGCUCUUCGAGACAGGACAUGUAUUCACCACUUAAUAGCAACCGUGCCCCUUCCGUUGGAAGGGACAAUUCAUACGGAUAUGAUAAGCAUUCCACAAGAAGUGCAAACUCUGACCCAUACAGCAAUAGGUCUGGCUAUCUCUCUGACUAUGGAGGAAGCACAAGAUCAUUUGGAUCAUAUGAUAAUUCUUCACUUCGCUCAGGACGAAGUUAUGGAGGGGCCAGUAGAGAAAGUUCUCCUGUAAGUAACAGAUCGUCAAGGUACGAGUAUAGUGGAAGUGCAUCACCUUCAUACUCCACAUAUACCUCUGAAGCUUCACCACCAGUUUCACGAAAAUACGAAAGACAACAAGCAAGAGCAUCUGAGGCAGACCACGAUCCGUAUGGUCGUCGGCGCUCUCGUGAUUAUGGUAGUAUCCCACCUCCUCGAAAAGAGUUAGUUACCUCCGAAAGUGACACAGAUGACAGUGCUCCAGAAGCUGAGAAAGAUGGAUUCAAAGGACGAUAUCUUAUCUCUCGGGGAACUUCUCCACCUCCAGAAGGAGGAACGCGUCGCGAUAUAAAACAAUACAGGCGUGGAAAAUCAAACAGUAUAGCAAAGACAAAAAGAUUACGUCCUCAGAGUCGUGAACUCCGACGAGAUGGUCGGUUUCGCGGUCGAACAUCAACAAACGUUGUUGACUGUGCAACACAAACUCUUGAGCCACCGUCUCCCAGACGGGGAAGACGUGGUUCUGCCGGUAGUAAUGCAGGCAGUGCCGGAGUGGACAUGCGUGAAAAGGCAGCGUUAGCAGCUUUAGCCAUGAUGGAAGAUGGAGGGGGUGGAAAUGGAGCUGGAGAAGCAUUUUACAAGUACAGAGACAAAUUUUCGAAUCCCAUGUCACCUGGUUAUAACGAUGACGGCAACAAACCAAAUAGAUAUUCUUAUCGUGAUAAAGAAGCAACUGUGGCCGAUGUGCCAGGAGAGAGAUCGUGGAGAAAAGCAGUGUAUGGCGAUGUAGAAACACCGAAAUCUGUUGCAGAUUCUGAAGACGAAGCUCUUGUUCCUAGAAGAAGAAGAGCCCCUAGAACAAGCACUCCCAAGUCACCAAAUGAAGUUAAUACAGAAGAACCACUCAGUCCCCGAUUUAGACAAAGGGAUGUAAACAGAGAUUCCAGACCAGACUAUAACCGUUCUUCUUCAAGGGAAAGUAUUUUAGACGAGACGCCGAGACGGAAACGGCAUAGCAGUCGGGAACUGCUAGAUAACCCCGGGGAGCCAGAUAUAAUAGUUCAUUCUCCCGUAGAUUCACAACCUCCCGUGCAACGUCGCAGACGACAUGGAAGCAGAGAGUUACUGGACGAUCCAGUCGACGCCGAUGCUCCUUUAACACCGGAAAACCUUUCCCUUCGUGAUAGUAUUGAAAAGGUUCACCAGUGGAAGCAACAGCUACCGAUACAAGAUCCUUACUCACGGGACGUUCAUCCUGCACCAAGUGGUCCCAUCAGGAACUUAGAGCCUAGGUUUCCGAGAAGUGAUUCUGGUGAGUACUUCUCUGCGCAUGAUUACCCUCCCUCGAAAUCUUCUAAAUACUCCGAAAGGGACCUUUCUAGUCGCGAUGUGUCACCCGAUCGAGUUCGCGGGCGAAGGUCAGUGCGUGAGCCUUCGCCACCCCGCGAGGAGUCUCCGCCUCCUCGAAGAGGAAGGCGUGGAAGAUUGAGAAGUGACCAAAAUGACAAUGUCUUUACAAACGACAGUGGUCAUGAACAUAGACUAAAAAAUAAAAGCUACCGAAAAUCAAAUCUUAACAGAUCCAUAGAUCUGGAUGAUGAAGCAGAUGGCGAUUCUAACGUGAGAUCAAGAAGAAGCGAUUCCAGAAGUUUGAAUCCUCCGGCCCAAAACAAUCGUAAAUCUGGUAGUUCUUCCGAUGCAUUUUCCAGAGACGAUUCUCCUAAUCGUCGACAUUCUCGUCAAUCAUCAUAUGAGAGUCGACGAAUUAGAAGGGAAGGUUCGCGAGAAGAUACAUUAGAUGACAGGAAGCUGCGCCGAGAUGGACAUCAAAGUGACCGUGGCCAGGCAAGUGAUAGUUCUCAUUAUGGUUUCAAUCGUGAGGAUUCGCCUAAUCGAUUUCAAUAUUCUAAAAGACGACAAAUAAGCAGAAAUAAUUCGCGCGAUGACAACCUGGAUGAUCGACAACCUUACAGCAGGCAAGGGUCGGAUGACAAUGUACUUGAUGAUAGAGUCAAUGCAUACAAUCGUCCAAAAAGUCUGGGUGUGUCCAAUGAAAGCCUGGCUCAUAUGAGCAACUCAUCUUCCAUCCCCUCAAUGAACUCUGUGGUACCGGACGAUGGACAUUUACGGAAAGGAACUUCAUCCUCUUCAGUUAUGUCUAACGAAACUAGAGCGACACCGUCGCCAAGAUCACCAAACCAACAAGGUAUGAAUAAAGAAUCAGGGUUACCAGACCUUGUCUCGGGGGCCAAUGAAACAGGUACCCAACAGUCAAGUCGUAAACCGCAGCAGGCAAAGCGAACAAAAAGUGGGUUUAUUGGGGCAAACAUGGAUAUCGACAAUAUUUUAGGUAGUAACGAGGAUGGCUCUAAAAAAGGCAAAAUGUCUGGAGAUUAUUUCGCAGACAGUAAAAAUCUUGACGAAGUAAUGGUUAAAAGACCACAAAACUUGAUGGAUACACCAGUUCCUGAUCAUCCUCAUCCCUUACAGCCAAAGUCGUCAGAAGAGAAACUAGUGGAUAUAGAAGAACCACAGACCGUUCAAAGCCUAGGGGCACCACCGACAAGUUCCACGCCAGAAUCACCAAUGUCUCCCCAGAGAACACGGGGACUGCCCUCGGCAGCGGCCCAGCAGAUGGGCAACAUUUUGAAAAACAACAAAGGAUCAGUUACCAUCAGUGAUAUUCUGAACUUGUGAAAACCACCUCAGAAAGGUCAGGGUACCUGAUACCAAUCUGAACUGCACUUCCGGGGAUUCACGACAGCCAAUCAACUGCUGGAAUACUUAGGAGUAGACACUCAGAAAUUAGAGGACUGUGCCCUUCAGAUCUACAGAUAUCACAAUGGAACCCAGGGAGAUUAUGGAACCUAUCUGGACUUGGAAUCCACCAUAGAUGAACAACAAGACGAUUUAGAAGGAUUCCAAGAUCAAAAACAGUCCGGCAUUCUUCGGAGAAAGAAUGCUUUGAUAUUGAGGACACAGUUAACAGUACGAGUACAUGCAGUCAUAGAAAAACUUCUGAAUUCCCAUGGAAGAGAACUUAGGCGUGCUUUGUUUUCAUUAAAACAAAUCUUUCAGGAUGACAAGGACUUGGUCCAUGAGUUUGUUAACAAUGACGGCCUGGAUUGCCUCAUCAAGGUGGGAUCUGAGGCGGACCAGAAUUACCAGAACUACAUACUCAGAGCUCUGGGACAAGUCAUGCUGUAUGUGGAUGGGAUGAAUGGUGUGAUAAACCACCCAGCUACCAUACAAUGGUUGUACUCGCUUCUGUCAUCCAAGUUUCGUCUGGUUGUAAAGACUUCUCUGAAGUUAUUAUUAGUGUUUGUGGAAUAUACAGAGUCCAACACAGAGAUUCUCAUCUCAGCGGUCAAUGCUGUGGACACCAAACGAGGUGUAAAGCUUUGGUCCAACAUAAUGGGGAUCCUGGAUGAAAAAGAGGGAGGAGACACUGAACUCUUGACCUAUGCCAUGACCCUUGUCAACAAGGUUCUAAAUGCCAUCCCAGACCAGGACACAUUCUACGAUGUCACGGAUGCCUUUGAGGAGCUGGGAAUGGAAAGAGUCACACAGAGACAAAUGAACAAAAAUGGAGCCGACCUUGACCUUCUGUCACAGUUCCAGAUCUACGAGGCUGCUUUGAAAGCUGAGGAUGGAGAAGAAGAUGGGAAUCAGUCUCAAGUCGAAAACCUCAGGAGAACACCAAGAAUAAAAGCAGAGGGAGAAAUGGGUAGAAAGAGUCGGCGAUAUUCUCUAGGUACAGGUCCUAACAGACUAGCCAAAUCAAGAAGUGUGCCAGAACUCCAACCUGCUGAAGAAUACAAACUUAGAAAAGAAAAACAGAAAGAGAGAUGCCAGCUUGUCCCAGAGGAACAUGAACAACACGACCAGCUUCCAGACCAGCAGCUGAGGAUGAAGAAGUUUGAGGAGCUCCAACAGAACAUGGAGGAAGUACGGCCCCCUGACAAAUUACUUUCCCCAUCCCAGGAGCAGGUCAGCGGUUCAGCAGAGAAAGACCCCGCGUGUCGCCAGUCUUCGUACCCAGCAUUUGAAGUCAACACUAAUGUUCCAAGGACUCGUCAGCAACGUAGAGAGCGCCAGCGUUCCUUUCUCAAGGAACAGGAAAUGGAGCGAGCACGGCAACGUGUCUCAGACCGUUACCAUGACAUUGAACAUGACCGUGCUUCUGUGGCCAGCACUUCCAGCACGGGGUCGUGUGAUAGUAACUCACACCCUGUGGAGAUUGAGUCUAAAUACUCGUCACUGAGCUCACUCAGUGAUGUAGAAACAAAUGACCAUUCAAGGGUUCAUGACAAAAGACGAGGACAACAGAAGCCUUUAUUACAACCACAGAAACCUGAGGACACAAUCUCUAAAGAAUCUGGCUACAACAGCAAUGAUGAAGCAUCUCACGGUCAACAAAACAAUCUGGACUCUAGAAAUAACGAGAUCAAUGACACACUCAAUCAGAACCAGAAUGGAAUGUUGGAGGAGAACAGUCUGCCACAGGACAUGUCCAGUAACAGUCGCUGGCUGAUGUACAUGAAGAAACAGAAGGAGAAAGAACAGGAGGAGGAAGAGGUCCCCGAGCCAGGGGUCCUCAAAAGACACCCCUCCAUCAGGGGAGACACAAGCCUCACCCAGAGAAAGGAAAAUCUGGAGCAGGGACUCAUAGGAAAUUCUCUUAUGCCCCCCAAACCCAUAGAGACUAUUGAAGAAAAAGAUAACAGACUCAAAGAUCAUAUUGACAAAUUCUCCAGUGGACCAGGUGUAUCUGAGUCAAAGGAGAAACAGGCCCCUGUAGGAGAUAAGUCAGGGUUAAUCAGUCGUGCCAAAGAGGGUCUUCAACAACAAACAACUGUGAAAAAGCCAGAACCAGCUGUACCAGUUGAAGUGAAAAAGACAGAAAGUGACAUACAGUGGGAUAAAUUAUUACAAAAGUUGCACAGACCUUUGAAAAUUAAGGAUGUUGAUUUUACUGAUCUCAAGGACUCUGAGGAUGAGGAUGUGUUUUGUCCUCCUAAAGUGGCAUUUAAUCCAGCUCUGGGUCCUCCUCCUCCCCCAGGGAUACCAGGGAUGGUACCCCCACCUCCCCCACCCCCCAUGGGUGGGAUACCCCCACCCCCUCCACCCCCCUUUGGAGCUCCUCCUCCACCACCUCCACCACUGGGAGGAAUUCCUCCCCCUCCCCCACCUCCUGGUUUGUCACCAGUGCAGAACCUACCAAAGGUUAACCUUCCACCAGCUCCAGGAGCAAAUCUGAAGAAAGUGAAAAAGACAAUAAAACUUCACUGGAGAACUGUUCAGGCAGAAGCUCCACAUCCUUCUACCAAAGGAGAAACGAUCUGGAAAGACAUUGUGAAUGUGAAGGUGGAUCCAGAUAAACUAGAGCACCUGUUUGAGACCAGGAGCAGUGAAAUCAACAAAAAGCGUCAGGAAACAACAGGCAAGAAAGAGAUUACGGUGCUGGAUGCCAAACGGUCCAACGCUAUAAACAUUGGUCUCACCGUGCUACCGCCCCCCAGAACCAUCAAGGCGGCCAUUUUGAAAAUGGAUAAUGCCAUAAUGAACAGGGAAGGCAUAGAGAAAAUUCUCACUGGAAUGAUUCCAACAGCGGAGGAGAAGACAAACAUUUUGGAGGCGCAGAUGGCUAACCCAGAUAUCCCGUUAGGAACCGCUGAGCAGUUCCUUCUCACUCUGUCCUCAAUCAGCGAGUUGCAGGCCCGACUCUCUCUUUGGCUAUUUAAACUUGAAUAUGAAACUAUAGAAACUGAAAUAUCUGAUCCACUCUGUGAUUUGAAAAAAGGCAUUGAUGAACUGAAAAAGAAUAAAACAUUUAAAUGUAUUUUGUCUGUGAUAUUAACAAUUGGAAACUUCCUCAAUGGUGCUCAGGCCAGGGGAUUCAGUAUUGAAUACUUGGCAAAAAUUCCAGAAGUUAAGGAUACUGUUCACAAACACUCGUUACUCCAUCAUUUGUGUGCCAUCAUCAUAGAACAAUACCCUGACACAACAGAUCUGUAUUCCGAGAUAGGGGCACUGGCUCGCUGUUCUAGGGUGGAUUGGGAUGAGUUGGAGCGCAAGCUGGAGAAGUUAAAGGGAGACUGUAAGGCAUCCUGGGAUCACUUACGUGCAAUAGCUAAACACGAGGGCGGAUCUACCUCCAACCUCAAGUCAAAGUUAUCUGAGUUCCUGGCUGAUGCAGCACAGAGGAUUAUGAUUCUAGAGAUUGUGUCCAGGCGGGUGAUCAAUCGCUAUCAUAAACUGCUCCUAUACAUGGGAAUUCCUGUACAUUUUGCUAAAGACAUGAAAGUGAACUCAUUUUGUAAAAUUGUGAGUGAAUUUGCACUGGAAUACAGAACAACUAGAGAGAAAGUCUUGCAGCAGCUGGCAAAGAAGGCAAAUCAGAGAGAAAGAAAGAAGACCAGGGGGAAAAUGAUUGUAGAUACGGCGAACUUUUCACGAAGUCGGUCUAGGGACGACGGGAACAUUAGUGAGGACCACGCUAACUUACACAAACUUCUGUCCAAUGGGUACACGAGUUGUGAUGAUCGGGGUCUCCCCGGGCUCAAAAGUCGCAGUCGAAGAUCAGGACCACUUGACUCCAAGUUUUCGUCGUCUCGAGGAUGUGUUACGACAGACUCGGAGAUGUACGACACUGGAGAUGACGAGAUUUUAGAGGCGUGUGUGAGAACAGCCACCGCAGCAUCAAGUAGAGCCCCAAGGGAGAGAAAACGAGCAAGCAGACAUCGAAAAUCUUUGCGACGUACUCUGAAAAGUGGAUUGAAUUCUGAUGAGAUAGAUAUGGUGAACUCCUUCUCUGAUGCAGUGUAAUGGAUGUCAAAGGGUACACAACUCUGGAUUAAACAGCCACUGCAUGGAAACUACAUCGAUUAAAGACCACUCUUUAAAAAAAGCCAUAAUAACUUUGUAUAAAUUAUCUAUUUUGGUCCUGUAUAGUUUCAAGUAAUAGAUAUCAAACGUAUCCCUAGUGAACUAAAAUGUUUGAUGUAUUUUAGACCAUCCAUGUAUUGACCAUACUACUAAUGUUCAGUGUAUUUAUAUUUAUUACCAUGUGUAUUUCCUAUAUUUGAUUGCUGUUUGGUUAUUUAUACUGUGUGAAGGUUUAGUCAACAUCAAACUGUCUCUAUGGAAGGAGUUGUCCCGUUCAUUUAAGUCUUUCAGUUCAAAGUUCAUCUCAGAAGUCCCUCAUUUUAUUCAAAUCUGUAUCCUCCAUCCAUAAUUUAAUUGACUCAUAUUUUAAUAAGUAAUCCAUGAAAAGGGUGAACUUUUUUUUAUUUCAUAAGUUAUUUGUCUCCAUUGUAUUUUUACAGACACAGGGUAAAGGGAGGUUACUCUACAGAUAAAUACACAUUUUCCAUGAAGUUUUUAUUAAACAUUUCUAAAGUACAUUAUCUACAUGUACAUGUAUUUAAAUGUAUAAUCAUAAAACUCAUUUUAAAUUGUUGUUAUUUCAGUAUCCACUUUUAAAUUGACAUAAAAUGAAAACAAAACUGAAGUUUUGAAAGCAAAAGUAAUUUUGUACUGUUCAGACUGGAAUUUAUUUUAAAGUUGUAUUUUUUUUUUGUAAGAAAAUGUACUCAUCACCCAGUGUUGACCAAUUUUAGGUUUGGUGAUGUGGUUUGACGUAAUUUGGUUUAACAUGGUGAAUGAAUGACUGUGAUAAAUUUUUAUUUAGUUGCAGGAAUCCUACAAGGUUAUCUACUCUCCUAUUGACUUUUUAUAUAUUCUGUGAUGCAUUUGUUCUUUAUCUAUACUCAACUUCUUGUUAAUGAAUCUCAGAGAUUUGUUGUCUUAAGUUCUCAGAUUUAAAGAUUCACUGAAUGUGAUACAGGUAUUUUAUGCUUUGAUCAAGUUUUGAAAUGCACUUUAUCAUUUAAGAGAGGUAAAGGUUCAACGUGGUGCAGAUUUAUAUUAAUUUACUCGUAGAAAGUAAAUGGACAUUGAUGUAUAAAACAAUGAACAAAUUUUUAUUUAUUUCAGAUUUUAUGCUAUAUUUUGUUAUGUUGUUAAUCGUGUGUAUAAGGGCAGGUGUGAUGUGUUGUUAUUCUAUAGCUCUGAAUGUAGUAAAAAUUUAUUGAUGCAGUAUUAUUCAACAGAAAUCUAACAUUCUGUUUGUAAUAACAGAUAUGUUAUGGUGCUUUCAUUGAUUUUUUGCAAUAAUUUAGAAGUAAUAAGCUUGGUUAGUUUGUUCAAUGUAAUAGUUAGUAUUUAGUUGUGAAAUUUCUUUAGUCCUUUGUUGUUAGGGGCAGUGGGCAAUAAUUGUCAUUAUCUGUCAAAAUUUCAUCUGUUUUGCCAGAAAAACUAGUCAGCCAUUUUGUAAUCUGACCUUUCAUUUGACCCUUUCACCAGGACGCCACAUUAGGAGUGUCUCAGUUUGAUAAACAUGUACACAUCUUUUUUUAUUCAGCAUCACAGACAAAUCCUGCCAUAUUUUAUGUAGACACAUUUUUCAAUAAAAGUAGGGUGAAGUAAA